AUGUCGAACAAACGUGUCGUUGUACUUGGCGCUGGUAUUGCAGGACUAUCAACGGCUACUUUGCUCCUACAGCAAGAAAAAGGGUUUGAAGUUCACAUUGUCGCUAAACAUUUUCCAGGGGAUUUAUCUGGAGAAUACACAAGUCCUUGGGCCGGUGCUCACUGGAGAAGCCAUGCUACAAAAGAUGACACUAGACAACAAGAAUUUGAUAGAAUAACUUACAACCAUCUUUGGAAGCUUGCUAAAGUACCACAAAAUGAAACAGGAAUUAUGAUUAUUGAUGAAUUCGAAUAUUGGGAGAAAUUUCCACAAGAUUUCUCUGAUCCGUGGUUCAAGACAUUAUGUCAUGAGUAUCGACAUUUAAGAAAAGAAGAGCUGCCAAUUGGCGUUGAGUUUGGAAUCACAUACAAAUCAAGUAAUUUAUCAAAAAAGUUCUUUAUUUAUAAUUUCAAUCUUUUCAUGACUGACCGGGAUGAUUAUUCUCUACAAGUUUCUAUUAAUCCACUAACCUACCUUAGCUACCUUCUCAAUACUUUCACCUCGUUGGGUGGCACUACGCAACGCGUCAAUUUAUUUUCACACUUAAAUGAAUGUAUCAAAAGCGAAACCGACAUUGUUAUCAAUUGUUCAGGUAUUCAUGCCAGAACAUUAGGGGGAGUUGAAGACCCAAACGUCUACGCAGCGAGGGGUCAAACUGUUAUUGCGCAAUUGCCUCGUUCAUAUAUUAAUUGGGCUUUUUUUAAGCGUGGUGAAUAUGGAAAGUUGUGUUUAGCGGCUAAUGGAGGAGAAAUAACAUACGCGAUACCUCACGAUGAUGGCGAAGUUGUUCUUGGUGGAACUUAUGAUGAACAUAAAUAUUCGACAGAUAUUGAUUAUAACACAGCUAAAGAAAUUAUUCAACGAUGUCUAGCCACUCGUCCAGAUCUCUUGCCAAAAGACCAAACUCAACUAACAAUCAAGAGGCACGGAGUUGGUCUUCGACCUUGUCGUAAAGGUGGCGUAAGAAUCGAGGCCGAAUGGACAAUUUCUGAAAAAUUCGGUAAAAAAAUUCUCAUUUGUCAUAAUUACGGUCAUGGUGGUUCUGGUUAUGAAUCAAGUCAUGGGACCGCACAACAUGCGUUAAAGGUCUUGAAAGAAGCUCUACAUG